AUGGCAGCCGGCAACGCGGUUCGUUUCGCUGGCAGUGGCACCGCUUGGGGAACGAUUUGUGCCGACGGAUGGUCACUUCUGGAGGGCAACGUGGUGUGCCGACAGCUCGGACUGGGCUAUGCAAAUGAUGCCAUCCAGACGGAUUAUUUCGGUGGUUCCAACCGGAGUGAAAUCCUUCUCAGCGGAACGGAAUGCUACGGCAACGAAACCAGCUUGGGUGAUUGUUUGCACCACGAGGUCGGGUGGCACAGCAGCUGCAGCGAACGGGGGACACAUGUGGCUGCCGUCACGUGUGUGGAUGUGAUGGCCGACCUGGCGUUUGACCACGUGGAAAUGGAACAGUCGCUGCACCUGGAGGACCGCUUGAUGUAUCUGCUGCAGUGUGCCAUGGAGGAGAACUGUGUGGCGUCGCAGGCGUACGAAAUCCAAAGGGACAACCCCAAUUGGCACCUGGAGACGAGGCGGUUGAUGAAAUUUACUGCCCGGGUGCUGAACACGGGGACGGCCGAUUUCCGUCCACACAUUCCGAAGCACCUGUGGGAGUGGCAUCUGUGCCAUAUGCACUACCACAGUAUGGAGGUGUUUGCCACGUUCGACAUUUUCAACGGGCAAGGGGUAAAGGUGGCCGAGGGCCAUAAGGCUUCGUUUUGUUUGGAGGACAACCAGUGCCUUCCGGGAACGGAACCCAAAUACGCUUGUGCCAACUAUGGAGAUCAAGGAAUCUCCGUGAACUGCGCCGACAUCUACCGGCACAACAUCGACUGCCAGUGGGUGGACAUCAGCGAGCUCGAUUUCGGCCUGUACACCCUCCGGGUGGCCAUCAAUCCCGAGUUCAAGGUACCGGAGAUGAGCUACGACAAUAAUGCAGCCAUCUGCAGCUUACUGUACACGGAGACCUAUGCCCGGGCGUACGAUUGCAAAAUUACGCGACCAUAGAGUGGUCCCGGCGGAAUUGAAAAGCAUGUUGGUUGGUAGGUUGGUUUGUUGGAAAAUAAACAUUACAUUAACAGCGCACAGUGCAGCCUAGUGCAGUGCGG